CCUUCUCUCUCUCCCUCCCUCUCUCUUGGAUUCUCAUCAAUAAGAAUAUGUUGUCGUCCGGUUUCCAGAGCCACGCGGCAAACCCCAAGCUUAAGCUAUUCGGUUAUUCCAUGCCGGAAAACGCAGACUCAGCAAUAGAACAUCCCGCCGCUGUUCUCCCAGAGCAAAACCCCGGCUCUUCUUCCUCCUCCUCUACGACCACCGCCUCCGGCGUUGGUGCCGCCGCGGAUGCUCGAAAAUACGAGUGCCAAUACUGCUUCCGCGGCUUCGCCAACUCCCAGGCCCUCGGCGGCCACCAAAACGCCCAUAAGAAAGAACGGCAGCAUCUCAAACGCACCCAGCUCCACGCCGCUGCCGCGGCAGCAGCAGCCAACGGCGCCGAUUUCUUCAACUAUCCACGCGGCGCUAAUCCAAUGGUCACCGCCUUCUCUCCCCCGCCCCACCUCCUCCCCGACUCCUCCAACUGGGUUUACUUCUCACGUGCCGUCCAACCUUUACACGUAUCGCACGGCUGCGUCUUCUCUUCCCCUGUUCAAGCCGACGGUCCACGCGGCUCGGGGACUGGUCACAAAACCCACCCGGCUGUCGCUGGCCCUGUCUCACAGAACCGGUUUUCUUCGCCGACAGAGCAGGCCGGAUCGGAUGACUCGUUCGGGUUGGAUCUUCAGCUGAGCCUGGCUCCGGCCGGGUCUUGAAUCGUUUGAUUUUCUCUCCAACUUUUCACUUUGAACCUUGUACAUUUUUAUU